AUGCUCAUCAUAUUGAUUUAUCGAAACUGGAAAGAGCUCGGCGGCUCUUUCUUUCAAAUCUACAUUGUCGAUUUUUUCGUGAAUCUUCUGACAUUUCUCAACUCAUUUGUGACGCUGAGAAUCCCACAAAACACUUGCAAAGAGUGCUUAUUCGCGCCGGUGUUCGAUCGAUAUCCCGAGUCGAUGGAAGACGUUUCGAUCGUUCUCAAUGUCUGCCAUACUUUGCAUGUUCACAUGGCUUAUGUCCAAUAUUUGAUGACACUUUUAACCGCGUUAAAUCGAUUCACUAUGAUCUACUCAUUCCAUUCACUUACAAUUCUUGAGACGAAAAUCUCAACAGCUGAAAAGAACCUUCUCUUCUCAAGCUCAAUCUCAUUUCUUAUUCAGGUUUUCGCUGGUGUUAAUACGCUUAUGUUGUUCUAUCUAAUUGAUAGUUCGAACUCAAGCGCAAUUUGGGCGAAAAUUACAAUAAUUUUUUCUCCAUACGUCAGCGAUGCUCUCACUUUAUGUCAUCCAUGGGCACUGCUUCUCUUCAGUUCGAAAGUAUCAUAG